GCCCGCUCUUGCCAACCACCCAAUCCCCUCGCUGCUGAUAGCGACGCCUCGAGGUUCCGGCGACCUCCUACGCCACCAUGGACGACGAGCAGACCAGACAGCAAGAAGACUGGCUCAACAGCCGCAAGAACAGGUUGCCUUCUUUCACAGAAGUUCUCUCUAGAAGGACGCGACCACCCGUUGAUUUAUUCAUGUUUUACCUUUUCCUCCAACGUGAAGGUGCAGAAGAUAUCCUGGACUUCUGGCUGGAUGUUCAGCAGCACGAGAACCUUUGCAGGGCAUAUUUCAAAGAUGUCCGAAAGUCAGGCCGGACAAUCAAAGAUGAUUGGCCUCAGUACUGGGAAUAUGCACGCCGUCGCGGGUCAAUAUAUGGCACGGUCGUUGGACUUCAGCCGAAUGCCGUAAAGCGAAGUACGACGAGCACAGGCGACAUGGUCAACGACCCAGAAAAACAUGCUAUGGCUCACGCCGCUGACGAGAAGCGCGGUGGUCAGCGUUCGACAACGCCUGGUGUUGACAAGGAGUACAUCUCAUCCCCUCCCACUGCUGUGAAUAGUCCAGAUUUUGAUCCACCACGGUCAACGACACCUUUCUCCCUCUCGGGGCGAACACCAACCCUUUUCAAUCUCAAACGCGCAUCACGUGCGCCAACUGUCAUCCCACGCUCCGCUGCGAUUAGUCGUCUGGAUCUCAUCGCGUCGGCUGAGCGCAUCUUCUUCCGGUAUCUCUCUCCCUCCGGCACAGUAAAUUCUCCAGAAAAUCACGAAAUAUACCUACCUCCCGCCCUCCGUAUACACACUUUCCCCCUCAGUAGCACUCAAGAGCCGAAAUCACAGAGCGACCUGAACAUGAUGGCACAUAUUCCUGAUAUGUUCCACGCCCAGAAGGAGUACUGCUUUAGGGCAAUGGAGCAAGAUGCCUUUCCACGUUUUCUGAGAAGCAAAGCGUUUGGAAAACCUCACUCCCGUCUCUUCAUUCCUUUCGCGUUCGCGAUUUUAUUCCUUAUCUCACAUCAAUACGAACUCGAUCCGAUCCUUGUUUUCCUCGGCCAGUCAGAGUCGACACCAUUCCGUACGCUCACUAUUCGCGAGCCGUAUGUGAGGAGAUUGCUACUGGGUCGUGCCAUCUGGGUUACAACUCUUGUCUCCACUUGCGUCGUAGCGCUCACACUCAUUUUCUGGGCUGUUCCCGGACAUCGGCUAUAGCGAUUGGGUCAAGCAAAGAGUUGCUGUGUCUCUGUAUUUAUCAGAUGGACCCGUGUGGGAAGGGUACUCAAUGUAUGAUGCUCACGAAGGAGAGCGAGCUGGUCGAUAUUGUUGAUUUUACGCUUGGGUAACAAAAGACUUUGAUAAGCACUAUUAUCUUCAGCUAUUCGCCUACUCCCUCUUGCCCCCUGGUCUAACUCUACCUCCUAAUACUUCGCAUUCCGUAUUUCGCUAUCAUUUUACCUCGCAUACUCCACCAGGUCCACCUUCAUCCUCGCUGUGCUGUGAUGUUCUUUUGUUUCUCUCAUUUCCCUGAAUCCUUUAUGACCUUUUUAUAUACGUACGUACAUGGUAGGACGUUAGGAAGUUAGACUCAUAUCUUUAAUGACAUGUUGAAUUCUCAUUGA